AUGGUUCAAGCAGAAAUUAAUAUGAUCAAUGCUACUGCUGAUGCUGUUAUUCCACUAGGCGGCUGGUGUUCAAAAUGGAGAAAAUUUUGGAAUAACUAUGAAUGGCGCAUGCGACACUAUUUCUAUAUACAUCUUUCGGUGUUCUUUUGCAAUACAUUGUUGUGUGGUGUCAUCGUCUGGAAUAUUGAACAAAAACGUGUGUCCUACCUUGACUGUUGGUUUACGAGUGCAACAUGUGUAUUCACGUGUGGAUUGGAAACCUAUGAUUUCGGAUCAUUCAGUCAAGCAUCACAAAUUAUAUUACUUAUUUUUACAGUAAUAUCGGGUAUUACUGUGAGCACAAUUCCGGCUAUUUUUAUCAAGAUUUAUCGAGUCAAACGCGAAAUAACGCCUGAUGAAGAAAUAUUUUCAUCGACUGUCAAUGACAAUAGUUUGCCAAUUACACAAAUUGUUCAACUUAAUUCUUCUGAUCCUGUAUUGAAUCAACGUCUUCGAUUACUGCCUAGCUAUGCAACAUUCGAUAUAAGUUUACUUUCGGCCGGAACUUUGAUCAUUUUUGUUCUGUUGAUGGGUAUCAAACCUCAAAUGUUGUGUGCAAUUAAUGAAACACCAUUUGAAAUGGAAUGGAUACUUUUGCAAACACAACAAACACUGGAAAAUAACGUAUCUAAUGGAAGUCAAAAUGCUAAUUUUAAAAUUUUCUUACCAUUUAAUCGAAUGCAAAAUUAUCUUUUGCGAAAAGGUUCGAUUACUAAAGCUCAAGCAAACAGAUACUUUGCUUCAACAAUUUCUAUCAAUCGUGUUGAAGCAGCUCUUGAUGAACUUAAUGACAAACGAAAUCAACAUCGUUUGAGUAUUACAUCUGCUGACAUGCGUUAUGUGAGAAAUCGAAACGAAGAAAACACUCAAAGUAAUAUUCAUAUAUCUUUACUUCGCAUGAAACUUUUUUUGAUCACUUUCUGUCGACAUGCCAUUCUCAGUUUCUUCAGUCUUCUUGUAUCGACUCGAUCAUGGCUAUUUAUCUUUAUCUUUCUUAUUUGCACAUUUGAAGCGUCUCGUAUGAUACCCAGUGAUCCAACUAUUACCGUAUUUCGUGUGAUAUUCGAAGUGAUUAGUGCCUUUGGUGGAUGUGGUUUUUCCAUGGGAUUUUCGAAAGGAAUGCCGAGUCUUGUCUCUAUUCUCACGUCACCCAGCAAAGUUGUAAUCAUACUUGUUAUGUGCAUGGGUAGACAUCGAGGUUUACUCGAUUCAAUGAAAGAUCAAGAAGAGAUCGAAUAUAGUGCACAAAUUCUUAUUGAUAGUUGGAAACAAUUAGCGAUACUUGAAUAUCAAGAAAAGAAAAAAUUAUUGGAUGAAAAAUUCAAACCAACAAUAUCUGUUCGUUUUCCAACGCCACCACUAGUCACUCGCUUUUGA